AUGGUUUGUCCCUGAGGUCAAAGGGUAAACAAAGAUGGCGACCGUGGGAUAAAUUUUUCGUCGCUUUUCAUUUUCGCAAAAUAUAACCCCAGAAAUGGACCGAUUUGUGUGGACAAACGGGCUGUUAGAGCCGCAUGAGGACCUGAAGGCUCAGCAGCAUGGGAUAAAGAUCUACGACGGGGAAGACAAGACGCCAUUUGAGUACGGAACCCUGAUUUUGACCAGUCAUCGUCUGAUCUGGCGGGACCACAAGAGAUCGGACUGUGUCCUCGCCCUGCCCCUGUCCCAGAUAGUUUUCCUAGAGGAGACGGAGUCUGGGCUGGGCAAGAGCGCGAAGAUCGUGGUCCAUUUGAACCCAGCGUCGCCUAACAGACCCCCGGGACCGGUGGCGUCCAGUCAGAAUUCUUACAUCAGGUUAUCCUUUAAAGAUGCUGGUGAGACUGAGUUCCACCGCAGGUUUACGGAGGAGUUGGCCCGGCGCUCCUGGGAGAUGACACAGGCUGACCCAGCACAACAACAACAGGCUGCACAGGCUGGGCCCACAGGCGCCAGAAGGGCAGGAAUUGUUGGAAUUGAGCGAAAGUUGGAACAGAAGAGAAAAGAGACAGACCAGACCAUCAGCGUGGCCUUUGAGGACCUGAGUAACCUGAUGGAGAAGGCCAAGGACAUGGUCGGCCUGUCUAAGACCAUCGCUCAGAAGAUUCAAGACAAGCAAGGAGCAAUCUCGGAGGAUGAGACUGUUCAGUUUAAGUCAUAUCUACUCAGCUUAGGUAUCCCCAACCCAGUCACCAGAGAGACACAUGGGUCAGGCACCAACUAUCACAUGCAGCUCGCCAAGGAGCUGUCACAGGUACUGCAGCAGCCCCUACAGGAGUGUGGGGGCAUGAUGUCACUGGCCGAUGUGUACUGUCGGGUCAACAGGGCCAGGGGGAUGGAGCUCCUUUCUCCAGAUGACCUACUGAAUGCCUGUAAACUGCUGGAGGCUCUGAAUCUCCCCAUCCGACUGCGAGAGUUUGACUCAGGUGUUGUUGUAGUUCAACUCGUAUCCCACUCGGAAGAAGAAGUUGUCCGUGAGACUACUCGUUUGGUUGAAGAGUCCGGAUCUCUGACAGCAGAGGAGCUGUCGAGAGUCGCCAGCUUUUCUGUGAUGUUAGCCAAAGAAAAACUCUUGACAACAGAGAAGAAAGGCCUGCUGUGCAGAGAUGACACAGUGGAGGGUCUACGCUUCUACCCCAAUCUUUUUAUGACAAAACCAGUCAUUGAAGCUUAGGCCUCACUUAUGUGCUUUUAUGAGGGAUGCCUAAAUACACUAUAAUUUUUAAUUGGUUCUUUAUAAAGAUGACCCCUAUCAAUGGUCAGUGACAAAUAUAGGGCCAUUAAAAUAGAUUUGGACAUGUACUAGGUUCAAAACUCACUUACUGUAUGUAUUUACCUAACAGGUGAAUAUGAUAGCAUUAUUGUGAUAUUGUCAUUGUGUAAAAUUGAAGGAAUAUUUUUUGUAUAUGGUGAAGCAUAUUGAUAGUGAAAAAUGAGGUUUAACUAUUUCCCACUGGCAUGUAACGUCAGAUCUGGCAUUGUCAAUGGGCCUGCAGUAGCUGGAUAAAAGCAAGAUGGUGUGGCUAUAGAGAAAAUUUAUUGUGCAGACAAUGAAUUUUAAGGAUAUGUGCUGCUGUCAAUUUGUAUGGAAGGAUGGGUUUCCAUCAUUGGCAUUGAAAUAUCAUUCAUUAUAGGGUCAAAUCCCAAUGUGCAUGGGAAUUCUCCAAAUAAAACCAUAACCCAAUAAAGCACUAAAAAUGCCUUGUCUUUGGAGACAGAUGGUUGUAAAGAUCAUGUCAACAGCUAAAAUCCAUCUAUCAAUGGUGGGGCAUGGCAGAAAUUCGAACUCCAUGGUUGAGAACUGAAACUCUGUAAUCUUAAAUAAGCUAUUGUAUGUUGGGUUAGAUUUACAUGCUUACCAACAUAACUUAUUCAUGUAUGGAAGAAAAUUUGUUCUUCUGAACAUGUAUGUACAUCAGACAAAACUUAUUAUGCACUUUGAAUGACUAACAAACAAAGAAUACUACCAAAUAUACACUAUGCAA